UGAGGCGACUCUGCACUCCAGUUCUGACGGCGCGUGCACACUGCGUUCUCCGAGCGCGUCAAUUUCAGGUGGGAUUUACGUCGAUAAAAAAAACAAACAAAGACCUGCACGAGACAGUCGACGUACACGUGACAGCGAAACGAAAAGUGACAGCAGGACCAUGUUUGUCUCCGGGGUUUUGCCGAUAUUGUUGUGCUGCGUUGUGAAGUUGAGCGUCGCGCGCAGGACCGGUGCUGAAGACGGAGAGACUGUGGAGAAGAUUAACAGCGCGCGCUGCACCUCGCGCUGCCUCACGCUGCACAUCACUCAGCUGACCUCCGCCUUCAGACGCCUUCAGAGUGAUGAGGUUCUGGGCUGGUGUGAAAACCAUAGGAGAUGUGCUCAGUGCCUACAGCCAUGCAAGGAAUUAUGGGAAACCAGAAGGGUUCUUUCUCACAAGUUUUGCGAGAAGCACCACGAGUGUGUGACCAGUGCCGAGUUCUUGCAGUCACUGCAGACACAGAAGCAGGGAGAUUGUCCUUCACCUCAAAGGGCAACAGGCUUCGCGGCCGCCUGCGUGGAGAGCUGCAGUGCUGACCGCGAGUGCUCUGGAUCUAAAAAGUGCUGUUCUAACGGCUGUGGCCACACCUGCCAAGCACCAACCAACCUUUAUAAAGGCGUCCCCCUGAAGCCAAGGAAAGACAUGGCCUUUUUAGAGGACCAGCACGGACAGCUGGAGGUGACAUGGAUGUCUAAGUUCAAUGUGUCUAUUGAGCCAGUGCUGUAUAUCCUGCAGAGGAGAUGGAACCAUGGCAUCCAUCCCAGCGAAGACGACGCCUCACCCUGGCACACUGUUCUGAUGACCAUGGAAGAACGGGCCUUGCUGAAGGAUGUCCGGCCCCACAGGUGGUACCAGUUUCGGGUGAGCGCAGUGAACAGCCAGGGCACACGCGGCUUCACCACGCCCAGCAAGCACUUCUUCUCAGCACGAGACCCACUGCCCCCGGAGAGGCCGCAGAACAUCAGCGCCGAGUACCAGACCGUGAGUGCUGACGGCAGGGUGAGCGUGCUGCUUCGCUGGGACCCCCCCAGAGAGGGAGACCUGCUGCUCCACCAUUACAAAGUGACCUGGAGCGGCCCGAGUGGAAAGGAAAGCAGCAGGGUCGCAGACGGGACUCUGGCAGAGAUGGAGCUGGGAGGACUUCAGCCAGACACCACUUACACAGUGAACAUUCAGGCAGUUUCUUUCUGGGGACAGAAGCGCUUGAAGAGUGGCCGUUCUCAGCUCUCCUUCAGAACAGCUGCUUCCACCGGCUCCUCGCCAGUCUCACAGGACUUUUCGAAUGAGCUACCCGUCUCCCGCUCGUCACCCAGAGUCCUACGACUGGACGCCGCGGCUCCCCACUACCACAACGACCAGUUGCAGGUGAAGGUGUUUUGGAAGAGUCGACUCCCAGAAAACCAGAGGGGUUCCACUUCAUACCUUUUAAGCUGGCUUCCAGAGGUAUGUGCUAAUAAUGUGACCAAGAGAGAGAGAACGGCUACUGUACAGGGCACGCAUUUCAUCAUCACAGGCCUUCUUUUCACCUGUAAGUACAAAGUAACCGUGACACCUCUCUCUGAGCAAGGAGAGAAGGCCGGGGCCGUGACCUCAGUCACUACCCCACAGUGCUCAUCUCCGAAAGGCCGUGGGAAGAAACUACUGCCCUGUGCCCAAGAUGAGCGCCAUCUGCAGGCAAAGAAAGCUCUGCAGCGGCCUGAGAAGUUGUUAGCGGAGUUCCAGACGGUGAACGGUUCCCUGGAAGGUCUGUUCAGCUGGCAGGUAUCUGAGACCACCCCUGGUCAGACGCCCAUCACAGGAUUUCAGUUCUCCUGGAUCAAAGUCUCCAGCAGAUGUGUGAACAAAUCUCUAGACACAUCGCUCAUCUCUCAGACGCUAAAUCUUGCGCCUGAUCAGCGCUCCGUCAGGGUGGGGCAGCUCCAGCCGAAGUGUGUGUACAAGGUGCAGGUACAGGCGCUGUCUGAAGCAGGAAGCGGCUCCUCGGUGGCCAGAAUGAUAAACACUCCACAGCUUAAUGGCACGCCGCUAUGAGAUCUGAAUUAUCAUCCUGAACGUCCGGUCUCUCUGCUUCCCUCUUUCCUCUUUCCUCUUCCAGUAUGCUUGGAGCUGUACUGGUACAUUGCAUGAUGAUGGCAUUUCACUUCAGAUUGUUGAACUUAAACUAUGAUUCAGUACAAAAUGGUUAGUAAGUUAAAUGUUGAGAGAGAUUUUGAAGCCUAUGUUAUUUAAGUGUACUUUAUCAUGUAAAAAUGUGUAGCACUGAAGUAUGUAGUGAGUAGUGAGAGCUGUGUACUGCUUCUUAUCGGGGUUAUCCUGUUAGUUCAAGUAUUACGUUAUUUUAUUUUUUUAUUUUUCACGUAAGGUUCAAUACUAAUACCUUUCUGUUUCAAAACAUUUUUGUGCUGUGCGAGUAUAGAUCUAAAUUAUUUUUCAACAUUUUUAAUACCACUUACAGUCUACUGUAAUCCUGAAGUAUUUAUUGUGAUGGUCUAAUGAAAAAUAAUGAACAGAUCCUGAUAAAAUAACUAUAAAUCCUGGUCAUUCUGUGUCUUCUGUACCAGGUAUCUAACUGUCUUAGAAAGAAAAAAAAAGCACGUAAGAGCAGAUUGUUAUAAGAAGUUGCAGAAGAGCAGAAGUUAUAAAGUUGAAGGCUUUGUUUAUCAGGUUUUUAGAUAUUUACACACAUUAAUAAUGCCUUUACAUCACCAGUGCCAAAAGAAAGUGUUAAGAGCAGUGAUCUUGUACAGCAUCUGGACCGGAGUAACCAUGUGAACUCUGCAGGAAUGUUUCAAAAGCCAUUUUUAAUGAACGCAUUUUAUUCUUUUUCCUCAGACAUUUCUUUCCAUUGUACAAAAAUGUAUACUUUCUGUAAAUAUUGCACUUGUGUUGUUAAAAAUAAAACUUUAAGUAAAUUCA